UGGUGAGAGGCAGCCUGGAAGGAUGUGUGGGCGAACGUCCUGUCACUUACCUAUAGAUGUGCUCACAAGAGCUUGUGCUUAUCGGAACCGGCAGGGCCAGCCGCGGCUCCCCGAGUGGAAGAACCCCGACAAGUAUUGCCCCUCCUACAACAAGAGCCCUCAGUCGAGCAGCCCGGUGCUGCUGUCUCGGCUGCACUUUGAACAGGGCGCAGACUCAUCUGAGCGUAUCAUUGUUCCCAUGCGAUGGGGCUUGAUCCCAUCUUGGUUCAAAGAAAGUGAUCCUUCCAAGCUGCUGUUCAACACUACCAACUGUCGUAGUGAUACCAUGAUGGAGAAACGGUCCUUCAAAGUGCCUCUGGGAAAGGGAAGACGCUGUGUUGUUUUAGCAGAUGGAUUCUACGAGUGGCAGCGACGUCAGGGAACACAUGAGAGGCAGCCAUACUUCAUCUACUUCCCCCAAAUAAAAUCAGAAAAGUCAGGCAGCAUUGGUGCAGCAGACAGUCCAGAGGACUGGAAGAAAGCCUGGGACAACUGGAGGCUGCUGACGAUGGCUGGGAUCUUUGACUGCUGGGAGCCCCCCGAGGGAGGAAACCACCUGUAUUCCUACACCAUCAUCACAGUGGAUUCCUGCAAAAGCUUGAAUGACAUCCACCAAAGGAUGCCUGCCAUAUUAGAUGGAGAGGAAGCUGUCUCUAAAUGGCUUGAUUUUGGUGAAGUCUCAACUCAGGAAGCUCUGAAGUUAAUCCACCCCACAGAGAACAUCACCUUCCAUCCAGUCUCUCUUACGGUGAACAACUCCCUAAACAACACUCCUGAGUGUCUGGCUCCUGCCGACCUAUUGGUCAAAAAGGUACUCAAGCUAAGAGGCAGCAGCCAGAAGAUGUUGCAGUGGCUGGCCACAAAGUCACCCAAAAAGGAAGACCCCAAAACACCCGAAAAGGCAGGGUCAGAUGUGCCCCAGUGGUCCAGCCAGUUGCUGCAGAAGAGCCCAUUGUCCAUCAAGAGAAGCAGUGCAGGACUCCUGGAGCAAUGGCUGAAGCAGGAGAAGGAGGAGGAGCCCAUGGCCAAGCGACUUCACAGUGAAUAAUGCAGGACUUGCAGAGACCAAGGCCAGGUUUGCUGCACUAAAUACUGUUGCUGAUAACAGGUUCUUGCACUGUGUAUAUGGAUUUGCUUUGGGAGGAGCUAGCACAGUGUUAGUAGACAUUUGUGGGUUCAUGGGGGAGUGGCUAUUCUGAUUAUGACCAGAAACCCACAGUGGGGCUGAUGGGCAGCCUGGGAAGAGGAGGGGCCACCACCAUAGUGGGGGCUAUUAUGCCUUCAGUCUUCUCCUGGUAGACUUGGAGAGCCUUCCCUCAAAGCUUCACCCUGCUGGCAGUUCACAGCCCAGACCUGACCUGGUGCUGCUAGCAGAAAGCUGUUUUCUACUCAGCUUAGGCUCUAAGUUCUUUGGAAUUCAGUUCCUAAAACAUUCUGUUUUUUCUGAAUAAAUUAUAUUUGAUAAACUGCU